AAAUAUGUUUUAAUAUAUGGUACAUUUUCUUCCAGAAACACAGCUCUUCAUAUUGCUACGUUCAGUGGAAAGUCGGAGCUUCUCGAGCUACUGAUUAAGGAUGGAGCAGAGGUAGAUAGUGUUAAUAACGAUAAGAACAGUCCCACACACAUUGCCUGUCAGAACUCUACAGAUGGAAACAAGUUUGUGCUCUUGAAGCUAUUAAAGGCAGCUCCUGAUGUUCUCCUGGAAAACAAGGAAGGACAAACACCGUUCGACUUGGCAGCUCAGUAUAACAGAAUUGAUGCUGUUGCUUUACUGCUCGACUAUGAACCAUCGUUUCGUAAAGCUAACCGUGCAUUUGUUGGUGCUUGCAUCCGAGGUCACAAGGACAUAGUGCAGCUAAUGCUGGAUCAUGGUAUGGAUCCUAGCCAUGUUGAUCCAGAUCUUGGAACUUCAGGGUUUCAUGAAUCAUGUAGAUACUUGAGAUAUGAUGUAACAGCUUUACUCAUUCAAUAUGGUGGAGAUACGGUGAGACUUAACAACAAGCUGGAGUUCCUCAGCUUGUUUAACUAG